CUGUGAACUCACAACAUGAAACACUUCUGGAACUCUCCACACAAGAUCAUUGGAGCCCCAGCUAUACAGAUGAAGAGAAGCAGUAUUCUAGCUCUGCUAGGAGGGCAGUAGUUACAAGUGAAAAUGAAAAACAUCAAGGACCAACCCAACAUCCACUAUUACACAGCGUUCAUUCUGGAGGGAUCAGUCAAGGACAGAAUCCUGCACAUACCACUGGGAGUGUUGAACAACAUGAAUUUACUGUUGUAGGUGAAAAUUAUAUUGAAAAUGAAUCUUCUCAUACAGCUACGGUCUCCAGCUAUGGGACCAAACAGAACAACUCAGCACAAGACCCAUUGGUGUAUCCAGGCUGGGACAAGGGAAAGGAUUAUGCCACACAGCCUGCUGUAACAGAUAGAAUUAUUCCUUCCAGAAAAAAUGAUCAAGAUAAAGAGUCUUCCACUACAGUUGAACAUGUCAUCAUCAUCAUGACAGCCACAGAGCCCGUGGAUGGUGUUUACCAAGAGAAAGCAACCAAGGAGCCACUGGCACCCAGCACUCCAUCUGGAAGGGAAAGUGAACAAGCAGCCACCACAGAUGAUUCCCAUUUCAAUUGGAUACCUGGAGUUUUUCCAGACACUGAAGAUCGUCAUAACCCAUUGCAGACCCCUCUUACUACUACUGUUGCCUCUCCUGAUGGUGCCCACCACAAAGACCCAACUCAGCCACUUCUGCCUUCAGAUAAUGAACCAGGACAGGGCACAGAAAGCAACAGGAACCCCACAGAUACCCCAGGGCAUGAAAUCCUCCACAGGACCACAGCCAGUGUGAUCAAAGCUGGUAAUGACUCUCUGAUGGGUACCACCAUCAUCAUCACAACACUCACAGCCUCCACUGAUGUUCUGGUACCAGAAGAUAUAACUCAGAAAGUAUGGACACCUCACAUUGUGGUAACAGCUGUUGCCUCUCCUGAUGGUGCCCACCACAAAGACCCAACUCAGCCACCUCUGCCUUCAGAUAAUGAACCAGGACAGGGCACAGAAAGCAACAGGAACCCCACAGAUACCCCAGGGCAUGAAAUCCUCCACAGGACCACAGCCAGUGUGAUCAAAGCUGGUAAUGACUCUCUGAUGGGUACCACCACAGAGCCCGUGGAUGGUGUUUACCAAGAGAAAGCAACCAAGGAGCCACUGGCACCCAGCACUCCAUCUGGAAGGGAAAGUGAACAAGCAGCCACCACAGAUGAUUCCCAUUUCAAUUGGAUACCUGAAGACCCUCAGAAUCCAUUCCAGAUCCCUCUUACUACUACAUCUACCUCCAGUAUAUAUGGUAAUCAAGGACCACACAAGGGACAUUAUGAAUCCACUACUUUCCCUGGAGAGACCAGCACAGUAAAAAUAGCUACACAGCCAAGGUCAGCCCGUGUACCAGACUGGCUGAUCAUAGUUGUUUCUCUCGUGGUACUUGCGUUGAUUCUUGCAGUGUGCAUUGCUGUUAACAGUCGGAGAAGAUGUGGACAGAAGAAAAAACUAGUGAUCAAUAAUGGCAAAGGAGCAGUGGAGGACAGAAAGACAAGUGAAUUAAAUGGAGAUGUCAGCAAAUCACAAGAAAUGGUGCACUUGGUUCAUAAAGAACAGUCAAAUGACCGAACACAAGCAUGUGAUGAAUUCCUGACUGUUAAUGAAACACAAAAUCAUCUGGAGCUUGACAUGAAGACUGGAGUGUAGUGGUACCAAGUUGCCAAGUAGAUCAGGGCUGGGGAAACCAAAAUCACAUGGAACUUGAGCAGGAAUUCACAGAUGCACUGUGCUACUGAUGUCCUUUGAACAUAAACAUAAGUUUUAUUCAUUUGUAAUCCCUUUAAAAUGGUGCCUGAGUUAAAAAAUUGAUAUGUGCUUUCUGAAAUAAGCCCC